UUGAUGUAGAUAGCAACAAACGAUCGACAAAAAUGCAGACAAUUAAAGCCGAUGAACUGCCAGAAAAUCCGGUAGAGAGCACCAACUUUUUGUCGGAGCUCAUGUUCUGCUUUGCUAUGCCCGUCUUGUUCAAGGGCCGUAAAAAGACACUAGAGCAAUCGGAUCUUUAUCGACCACUCAAGGCACACAAAUCGGAUACACUGGGCGAGCGAUUAUGCACGGCAUGGGAAAAUGAAGUUGAGCAAAGGUCCAUUAAAAAGUUGCCACCCCGGUUGGGUCGUGUAAUGAUGAAAGUGUUUGGCUGGCGUAUGUUUGUUGCAGGCGUCCUACUGGCACAUCAGGAGUUCCUCACAAAGGUUACACAACCGAUUUGCCUGUUUGGCAUUAUGUCCUACUUUGCAGGAGUCGACCGAGACCCCGUUAGGGCGCAACUCUAUGCUGCAGGGCUGAUUGCAGGCUCUGUCCUAAGCGUCUCCAUUGGGCAUCCGUACAUGCUGGGCCUUUUUCACUUGGGCAUGAAAAUGCGUGUUGCACUUUGCAGUUUAGUUUAUCGCAAAGCGUUGCGCUUAAGUCGCACCUCACUGGGAGAUACCACAAUCGGUCAGGUAGUCAAUCUAUUAUCUAACGAUGUGGGGCGCUUCGAUUACCGUGUUGAUUUAAUGUGCAUUACUUGUGGGCUGGCGCCACUCGAACUGAUCUUGGUUACGUACUUCAUGUUUGAGCAGAUAGAAGUAUCGGCACUCUUUGGUGUUGCCGUCAUGCUACUCUUCUUGCCUCUACAGGCCUAUUUGGGCAAAAAGACUUCAGUGCUGCGAUUGCGGACGGCGCUGCGUACGGACGAACGCGUCCGCAUGAUGAACGAAAUCAUAUCGGGCAUACAGGUCAUCAAAAUGUACGCCUGGGAGAAGCCCUUUGGUAAACUGAUCGAGCAAACACGCACCAAAGAAAUGAUCUCCAUUAAACAAGUGAACUAUAUUCGAGGUGUGCUCAUGUCUUUCGCCAUGUUCCUAUCUCGCAUAUUUACCUUUGCCAGCUUGGUGGGCUAUGUGCUAUUGGGACACGUCUUGACUGCCGAGAAGGCGUUCUUUAUCACUGCCUAUUACAAUAUAUUGCGCCGCUCAGUUACCAUGUCUUUUCCGCAAGGUAUUGGACAAUUUGCCGAGCUUUUAGUGUCCAUCAAGCGAUUGGAAACCUUUAUGCAUCGUGAGGAAACUCGCAUUCCAGACAAAUCAAUAGAGCUCAAUCUCACAGACAAAGAUAAGCAGCCUGAGACAAUAAAAAACCAUGGCAAUGGCGAUGAGCCAAAGUGUAAUGACAACGAUGAGAGUCUGAUUGAAUUCAGCCACUUUCACGCCAAAUGGAACAGCGAAGCCACGGAGCACACGCUAGAGGACAUCAACCUUAAGCUUACCAGAAGGCAAUUGGUAGCUGUUAUUGGACCUGUCGGAGCAGGCAAAUCCAGUUUGAUACAGUCCAUUUUGGGUGAAUUGCCUGCAGAGCACGGCAGUCUUAAGGUCAAUGGUAGAUUCUCUUAUGCAUCACAAGAACCUUGGCUCUUCACUGGCACAGUGCGUCAGAAUAUUCUGUUUGGCUUGGCGCUCGACAAGCAUCGAUACCGCACUGUGGUUAAAGAGUGUGCGCUGGAACGCGACUUUGAGCUGCUGCCGCAUGGCGAUAAGACGAUCGUUGGCGAGCGUGGUGCUUCCUUGUCUGGCGGACAGAAAGCGCGCAUCAGUUUGGCUCGAGCUGUAUAUCGUCGUGCGGAUAUAUAUUUGCUUGAUGAUCCCCUCAGCGCUGUGGAUACGCAUGUGGGACGUCAAUUGUUCGAUCAGUGCAUGCGAGGCUAUUUGAGAAGCGAUCUAGUUCUAUUAGUCACACACCAGCUGCAGUUUCUAGAACAAGCCGACCUGAUUGUAAUAAUGAACAAUGGCAAGAUCAGUGCAAUGGGCACAUAUGCCUCAAUGAAGCGCAGUGGUUUGGAUUUUGCACAGUUAUUGACGGAUCGGAACAAGUCGGAAGAGGCAGCUGAUGACAAUGAGAGCCUUGCUGGUGAUAUUUGGGAUCGUGUAAGCAUGUCCUCAUGCAGCAGACGUGACAGCAAGGGUAGUCGACAGACUUUACGCAAUGAAAGCUUUUCAUCGCUAAGUUCGAUGACCGAUUCCCUGACUCAAGAUGUGUCGCCACAGGAGACACGAGCUGAGGGCAAGAUUGGCUUGGGACUUUAUAAGGAAUAUCUGGCAGCCGGUAGCGGCUGGCUUGUGAUUAGUUUCAUGGUAUUUCUAUGCUUGGGCGCGCAGAUUGUUGGUUCCGCUGCGGAUGUGUUUCUCUCCUUCUGGGUUGACAAGAAUAAAAAUAUUGCGGCUUCAAGCACCGAUCAAAUGGAUCUUUACUAUUUUACAGCAUUAAAUCUCGCUGUGAUCAUCUUCACCUUGGUGCGUAGUUUGCUGUUCUAUAAGCUGGCCAUGCGCAGCUCAACACAAUUACACAACGCCAUGUUCCGGGGCAUCACACGUGCCGCUAUGUACUUCUUCAACACGAAUCCGUCCGGUCGCAUAUUGAAUCGAUUCUCAAAAGAUCUGGGACAAAUUGAUGAGCUGUUGCCAACUAUUAUGCUGGACGUAGUGCAGGUUUUUCUCACUUUGACGGGCAUCAUUGUCGUCAUUUGCAUUACGAAUCCCUACUAUUUGAUUCUAACAUUGGCGCUAGGCAUUAUUUUCUAUUAUAUAAGAGAGUUCUACCUUAAGACAUCGAGAGAUGUAAAAAGAUUGGAAGCUGUUGCCAGAUCACCCAUAUAUUCUCAUCUGAGUGCUUCCUUAAAUGGACUGCCCACCAUUAGAGCAUUGGGUGCGCAGAAAGCGCUUAUUAACGAGUUCGAUAAUCUUCAAGAUCUGCAUAGCUCUGGGUAUUACUCAUUCCUAUCCACAAAUCGAGCCUUCGGCUACUACUUGGACUGCUUCUGCUCACUAUACAUUGUAAUUAUUAUACUCAAUUACUUUAUUAACCCACCCGAAAACUCUGGCGAAGUAGGUUUGGCCAUAACUCAAGCCAUGGGCAUGACUGGAUUGGUACAAUGGGGCAUGCGACAGUCUGCGGAAUUGGAAAAUACCAUGACUUCCGUGGAGCGUGUUGUCGAAUACGAUGAGAUUGAGCCCGAAGGCGAGUAUGAACCUAAGCCCGAUAAAAAGCCACCCAACACUUGGCCAGAAGAAGGAAAAAUUAUUGCCGACGAUCUCAGUCUACGCUACUUUCCCGAUCCGCAGUCCAAGUAUGUGCUCAAGUCGCUCAACUUCGAGAUCAGACCCAUGGAGAAAGUGGGCAUUGUUGGACGUACUGGCGCCGGUAAGUCUUCGCUCAUCAACGCCCUGUUCCGUUUGUCCUACAACGAUGGCUCCAUCCUCAUCGAUAGUCGCGACACAAAUGAACUGGGAUUGCAUGACCUGCGCAGCAAGAUAUCCAUCAUACCUCAGGAGCCCGUGCUCUUUUUAGGCAGCAUGCGCUAUAAUCUCGAUCCUUUUGAAGAGUACAGCGACGCCAAAUUGUGGGAUGCGCUGGAGGCAGUAAAGUUAAAGCCAGUUAUCAGCGAGCUACCAAGUGGCUUACAGAGCAAAAUAUCCGAAGGAGGCACUAACUUUAGCGUGGGUCAAAGACAGCUGGUCUGUCUGGCGCGAGCUAUUCUUCGCGAGAAUCGCAUUCUGGUAAUGGACGAGGCCACAGCGAAUGUUGAUCCACAAACAGAUGCGCUUAUACAGGCAACGAUCAGGAAUAAGUUCAGGGAGUGCACAGUGCUAACAAUAGCCCAUCGCCUAAACACAAUUAUGGACUCCGAUAAGGUGUUAGUUAUGGAUGCUGGCCAGUUGGUAGAGUUCGGAGCGCCCUAUGAACUGUUGACCCAAAGUGAAUCGAAAAUCUUUCACAGCAUGGUAAUGGAGACCGGUCAUGCGAGCUUCGAUAGCCUGGUCAAGGUGGCAGAAAAGGCUUAUUUGGCAUCACAGAAAUCCAAAAAUGCUUAGGACUGCAUGUGUUGGCAUUUAUUCAAUUUCAUCGUUUCAAUAAUAUUUAUAUUUCCAAAGUAUGGAUGUCAG